UGACCACGAAAAUAGGUCAACAGAAGAGCAAGAGCAAGCCACGCCCACAAGAUGACAACAACGCAGCAGGUGGAACCUCUGGGGGGAACGGCUGAGGAGUCAACGCCAUCAAUGUCGCAGGCAGCAGCUAAUAAUAAUAUUCAUAAUUCUCAGUGGCUUGUUGAUGGCAUCGUAAAUCAGGGAACUGAGUCAGCCGUGUUUUGUUGGUCAAAGACGGCGCCGGAAGUGCUCGGAAUGGCAGGGCAAUUUCCGCUUGGCCAAGGAAUCACUUGGCAAAACAGCUUCCCCAUGAAUCACUACUAUGGUAGCAUGAACAUAGGAAUAUGCCAGCCACAUUUCCAACCAAUGCAAACAGGAAAGUUUCCCAUGCAUCUGAACUUACAGAUAAACAACGGAUUUCCCUUGAAUCUGUGGGACAUUCCCGUCACUGAUCAAGAAAAACAUGAAAACUACAUAAUAGACACGCAACUGCUUACUCCACAUCAAGUAUACGACCCAUGCAAAGGAAGCUUUCCCCUACAACAAGUAUACGCCCCGUGGCACCUAAACUUUCCACAACUGCUGCAAUUGCCCCGCAAGAAUUCCGACGGCGCCUUCCCAGAAAUGAGCACCACCAUGACCCGACGCGGACAGGUGGCCAGCUCACCCGCUGAGCAGGCGCCCCAGGAAUUUCCCAUAAUUAAAAAACGAUUUGUUAGCUUUCCCAAUUAUCGAGCAAUGCCUCAAGAUGAGCCCGAAUAUCCUCCACCCACCGCCACAACAACAAUGACGCAGCCGGGUCUCGACGAAGUCACCGAAAUAGACGGAGGCGGCGGAGGAUUGGGUAGCAGUGGUGGACAUAAGGUGCCGCCAAUGUUUGAUAAUGAACUCGAGGCCGAAGAGCGACCGGCGGCGGCAGAAGCAUUAAACUUGAACGUGGCAAGGGAAAUCGAGCAUCAACAGGCGGAAAAUCUUAAUGACGCCUUCGGCCAGCGGCGACACGACCACAAAAACGACGACGCCAUGGAUGAGGCCAAAAAUAAACGCGAAAUAUGCGAGCAAAGCAAAUUAGAGAAGGCCGAAGAUCAUAAUGAGCCAAAUAUGAGAGAUCGCGAGCAGCAGUCAAUAUGUUUGGCCAGGGAGCAGACAAUAGAUGGGAAUGGGCAUCGGCAUCAGCACCAAAAUCAGAAUCUGAAUCGGAAUAGCAACCACCAGCAGUACGACGGUCUCUCAGACGCCCGCGAAUCGUCGCCAGAGCAAGUGGACGUGAAUCUCGGUCGACUACUGACCCGCGAGCGGAAUCGGAAUCCGAAUCCGAAUCGAACCCUGCCAAAUAUAGAAUUACUGAAAAGUUCCGUCCGCGCCUUCCUCGCCGAGAGCCCGCCGUCGCCGCGAUUGCAGCUCGACUGGGAUUGGGAUUGGGAGCUGCUCGACCUUUUGACCGACGCAAUCGAACGUAUCUGUGGACAAUCGGAGACGGGUAACUUUUGGAGCGAAGCGGUCGCCGGAGCGGACAUGACCGUCAGUAAAGUCAGCGAGGAGCGGGAGACAGAAACGGUCGACGUUUAUCCCGCCGAGCAACUCGAUCAGCCGGCGGAACUGGAUGACAACAACAAUACUAGCAACGCAGAACAAGCUACUGAGAUGAAGUACGAACUAAAGACAGCUAGUCCAGCACUGCCCAGCAGGAGUCCGCGACCAGAGUCCCCAGUCAGCAGGCUGAGCGCCACGAGUCGUAUACGUAAUGUGGAGCCGACUGCUUCCACCCAUGCUCCUCUGCUGGGAGAAAUAAAACGUAGCUCUAUUAGUCGCGAUAGUAUCUCCAUCGAUGCGGAUUCAGUGCUUCCAGAAAGGACACGCUUAAGACGCCAACGACGCAUACGCUCUCAGGAUUCUAUAGAGGAGAAGCCUGAGGAUGUGAUAGAGCGGUUGAAUAAGCUAAAGGCAAGAAUUUCCGGUGCAUUAAGCGAGGUAAAGGGCGUGCUGAAGCAGUACAGCACGGAAAGCGAGGCGGAAUCAGCAACGGAGCAGCCCCAGUCGGCACCAAGUGGAGAUACUCUUGCUCCAGUUUCCUUUCGCUUUGUGAAGAAAGUACGACGCCGCAGCUGCUUCGACGAGGCUGAAGAGGAAAAGGAACAGGCAAGAGAGGGACAGGAAAAUGCCACAAAGAAUAUGGAAAUCGUGGGGGACAAAACUGAAUCCACUAAAAAAGAAACACGAGAUGAGGAUUUAUUGAAAACUUCUCAGGACACCAAAGUGCAAAGAGAGCAGACGCCUUUCGCUAGAGAUGUUUCAGAAGAACCUAAGAAACAGGAGACCCAAAUCAACCAUGAGCAGGACCACAAUAAGAUCCAGGAUCCGAAAACUAAUGAAAAACUUGAGACAAAUGUAGAAUUAAAUCACAAAACUGAAGUCCAAGAACAUCUUUCUGAAAAGGUUCCUAGAGAUCAAGAUAAUCUGAAUGGAAAUAUUAUUAGUAAAACAGGAAAAGAUCAUAAGGAAAUUAAAGAAAACGAUGCUGAUCAGUCAGAGAAGAAAGUUGAGAAUCACGUACCAAAAAUAAAUGGAGCAGAACCAAUUAGGCAACCUGAGAAGAGCAAAACUCAGUCCAAAAUUGAGUUCCUGGCCAAGGUACAGAACGAACUGAAGUCAAAACCUGUAAAGGAAACAAGUCCCAAAAUAGAAACUCCCAAAGAAGAAACUACAAAGGAAUCUCCACCUCAGGAAGCAGCAUCCAAAGAAGCAACUAAAAAGGAAUCAAAAUCUAAGGAAUUGACAUCUAGUGGAGCAACAUCGAAGGAAUUAGCUACUAAAGAACCUACAGAUGUACUAGAGAUCAAGCCAGAAGCCAAAUCAGAAUCACCUACUGCUGAAGUGGCACUGCCAGAUGAGUCAGCCACAUCGCAACCACAACCGAAGAUCAAGAAGAAAGUCAUCGUCAAGGUGAAGAACCCCAGACGCGCCUCGAUCGCCGCCGUGGAACCAUCCAAGAUCAAGGUGGAGCCGGCCGUCGAGCAGAGCGAUGCUCUCAUCACUCAGCGUCGACCCUCCGACUCGGAGGCGAUUGUAAAGCGCAAGAAGAAGCUGAAAUUAAUGGGCGACACUGCCGCAACACACACAUCCACAUCCCCAAGAGUAACAUCAUCGGCAACAAAAGAUUGCGGCCAUCAGAGGGAGACGGCUUCGAUAGCAGAGGAGACGGCGGCCAGUGAACAAUUGGCUACGCCAGAGGUCACAGCGGUGCCAGCCAAGUUGCCCAGUGCCAAAAUCGGGCAAGGAGAAGCGACAAAUGCAACAGCGGCGACAACUGCAACACCAUCGGUAAAAUCAGAAAUCGAUGGCGAUCCGGCGAUUGACAAUCUAGCGCCAGCAGGCGAUCGAAUCAGACGCGCCAGCCUGAAACAAGCGGAGUUAGUGGGUGAGACGGUGCUGGUGGUGCCGGCAGCUACCCCAGGCCUAAGUCCAUUGCCCGAGUCCAAAGAGGAGACGCAGGUGCUAGCGACGCCGCAACAGGUGGCCAUCGCCGCUGACAUUGCGCCGCAAAUAGCAGCGACAUUGAGGCACGAAGAGUCAUCGCAGCCAGAGCAGCAGGCACAGCAGCCCGUAGAAGCUACAAAAGCCGGAGAACAGACGCCUCCUGGCGACAGUCUAGCCACCAUGCCGGAGCUGAAAGUACUCGCGGGUCCGGUGCAGCCCGUCAAGAUCGAAACAGUCGAGCAGCCUCACGAUGGGGCCAAGAACCAAGAGCCACUGGUCAAGACAAAGAAGGCUACGCACCUCAAAAAGCUGGUGCGUAAGAAUUCCAUUGACAAGGAACCAGAAAAGCAGGAGAAGCAGGACCCCAGCAAGCUGAGCAACAUACUGCGCGACAGGAACAAGAUCAACGAGUUGUCCUCUAGGAUCAACAAGCUCACUCCACCCAAGAAACAAGUUAAACCGAAAGAGGAGGAAAAAAAGACACCGAUCGUAGAACAAGAAAAACCGAAGCCUGAGGAGGCAGUUCCUUCGGAGGAAGUUCAUGUCGAAAACCAAAUUGAUGAGGAGAUCGUAGUGGAACCUGAACCUGAACCUGAACCUGUGCCGGAGCCCAAGAAAGCCCGCAAGGUUAAAAAGAAGGUGAUAAUCAAGCGGCAAAAACGGCGUCUCUCAGUAGGCGACACAUUCUUCCUGCAGCCGGAACCAGAGGAGCCUACGAUUCCGGAAGUGGAGACUAUCGAGCGGGCCAUAGCAUAUGUGACGGAUGACGAGGAGGACAAAAAAGCACCCGAGGAAGAGCCAGAAGCCAUGAAAGCCCUCAAAUCCUGCCUACACGUAAGGGAAUACAAGAUCGGAGACUUGGUGCUCUACGCGGAACGGUAUCGGAAGACCCAGGUGCGCUGGAAACGCGGUCGAGUGCUGGAGCGGAUCACCAGCAUUUCGUAUAAACUUGAGAUUGAGGGAAAAGAGGUGCCCGCCCAUAUCAGCUACAUCAAGAAGUAUACCGGGCGAAAGGUGCGGUUCGGGAAUAAGGAGUACCUGGAGAUCGACUACGAACAGGUGGCCGAGGAGGAGCGCCGGGCAGCCAGCUACAGCAUAUGGAACAUGGUGUAGACACCAUCAAAUCAGACAGCCCCACCCAGUGGUGUCCAGUGUCCAGCCAUUUUUGAGUGGAAUUAAAAAAUUGUUCGCCAUGCGAGGUAAUUUUUUAAGGAUCUCAACUCGACAUUCAGUUAUGUUAUAGUGAUUCGUCCUAGUCAGUGUACAUAGAGUAGAGCUUAGUGUUAUCCUAGUGUUUAGUGUAACUUAUUCCAGGCCUUUCGUUUACAUCUUAAGUACUCUGUACGUGUAAUUAUAAACAAGCUAUUUAAUGUUAAAUAAAGCGGAAAAUAUUUCAGUUA